GGUGAGAUAGGAUAGCAAGAAAGGAAGUGAGGGUACAAAAGCUGAGGGGCAAAAUAUGUCCAGAAGCCCGUCUUCGUCGUAGUUGGCGGUUUUUUCUGCUUGCUUAUAUAUAAACAGGAAUUGAAAUCAAAACGUGAGCUCUCGCUUUCUCUCUCUCUUUCUUCCUUCUCUUCCUCUUUUCUCUCUGUAAAUUGAGAUUCAGAUCUGCCGGCAUGGCGGUGGUAUCCCCUCUGGCCAAAUACAAGCUCGUGUUCUUGGGCGAUCAAUCCGUCGGCAAAACUAGCAUCAUCACUCGCUUCAUGUACGAUAAAUUUGAUGCCACCUACCAGGCUACCAUUGGGAUUGAUUUUUUGUCUAAAACGAUGUACCUUGAGGAUCGAACAAUUCGUUUGCAGCUUUGGGAUACUGCUGGCCAAGAAAGAUUUAGGAGUCUUAUACCAAGCUACAUAAGAGAUUCUUCAGUUGCUGUGAUUGUUUAUGAUGUUGGAAAUCGGCAAUCAUUUCUGAACACGUCCAAGUGGAUUGAGGAAGUGCGUACAGAACGAGGCACUGAUGUCAUUAUUGUUCUUGUUGGGAAUAAAACCGAUCUUGUUGAUAAAAGGCAAGUGUCAAUAGAGGAAGGUGAUACCAAAUCUCGUGAUUUUGGAGUCAUGUUCAUAGAAACCAGUGCUAAAGCAGGAUUCAAUAUCAAGCCUCUAUUCCGGAAGAUUGCUUCUGCUUUGCCAGGAAUGGAAACCCUUUCCUCCACAAAACAGGAAGACAUGGUCGACGUGAACCUGAAGCCCAGUGUCAAUUCAUCUCAGACAGAACAGCAGGGAGGAGGUUGUGCUUGCUAGAGAAUGUAUUUAUACUGAAGAUAAAGAGAAAACAAGCAGUUAGAAUGAACCAAUACCGAGAUCAAAUCCAAAGCUAAUUUUAAACCAAUGAGACGGCUACAGAUGUGUUGGUUCUGUUCAACAUACCACCAAGUUAUUUUAAGUCUGCAGGAGGCAGGUGGUGGCAAUGGCUCUGCUCUAAGGUACUCAGCUUGACAAUUGGAUGUGUUCUGUUAUUGUUGUUACUAAUACUAUUUCUUUUUUUCAUUCUCCAUGAGAUUUUCUCCUAUUUGGUUGUAUUGGAUCCUUAGAUUGCAUUCAGGAAUUCAAUUUUUGUGCAAGAUUCUUUCCAGAGUCAACACCUAUAGUAAGAGUGGAGACACUGAUGGAUGCUCUCAUAAA